AGCUUUGGAUUCACGUUACAGAACUGGAGGUUGCCGCCUGUUUCAACAUGUGUUACUCUAAAGAUGGUCGGGUUCAAGAGGUUUAUUAUGUGUCAGCUGUAGUGCAUCUCAUUAUCAUUAUUGUAUAUUUUAUAGACAGGUAGAUGCCAAGAUAUUUAACUGAAUAAUCGACCUGCUGGUGGCGCUACAUAAAAAGUCAUGAGGGUUCAUCCUCUGGGGACCACGAACAUCUGUCCCUACUUUUCAUGGAAAUCUAUUUAACAGUAGUUGCCAUAUUUCACUACCAAAGUAAAGACCUUCUGCAUUGAACCCCGACAGGCCACAGAGGAGAAGGAGGAGAUGGAGGAGCUGCAGGCCUACAACCGCCGUCUGCUCCACAACAUCCUGCCCAAAGACGUCGCCGCCCACUUCCUGCAGCGCGAGCGCCGCAACGACGAGCUCUACUACCAGUCGUGCGAGUGCGUGGCGGUCAUGUUCGCCAGCAUCAGCAACUUCUCCGAGUUCUACGUGGAGCUGGAGGCCAACAACGAGGGCGUGGAGUGUCUGCGGCUGCUCAACGAGAUCAUCGCCGACUUUGACGAGAUCAUCAGUGAGGACCAGUUCCGCCAGCUGGAGAAGAUCAAGACCAUCGGCUCCACCUACAUGGCGGCCUCCGGCCUCAACGACUCCACGUACGACAAGGUUGGCCGCUCGCACAUCCGCGCGCUGGCGGACUACGCCAUGAGGAUGAUGGACCAGAUGAAGUACAUCAACGAGCACUCCUUCAACAACUUCAAGAUGAAAAUAGGUCUCAACAUCGGCCCCGUGGUUGCCGGUGUGAUCGGAGCCAGGAAGCCUCAGUACGACAUCUGGGGGAACACGGUGAACGUGGCGAGUCGCAUGGACAGCACAGGUGUGCCGGAGAGGAUCCAGGUGACCGCUGACAUGUACCAGGUCCUGAGCUCCUACAACUACACGCUGGAGUACAGAGGGCUGGUCACAGUCAAGGGGAAAGGGGAGAUGAUGACUUACUUCCUCACCAGUGGACCCUCCAGCAGUUAACCUCAACUCAGUGAGAGAUGGACUCACCGUGGGGGGGGGGGUUGGAGCCUCUGACGGGCUCGUGGACCUCUGAUGGUUUACGGCGGACUGAGACGGACUCCUCACAGCGCCGAUUCCUUUCCUUAAACUGAGGCCACAUGGAGGACGGACGAGGAGAUUCCUCUCCAGAGCUCAGACUAUGAGGCCCAGCUAGACCUGAACCUGAGACCAAAGAUGUCCAACCAGAGCGUAAAGACAGAUGUUGUGAGUCUCAGUCCCUAAAAGGAGGAACGUUCUGGAAGAGAGUUCAUGUUUUCAGAGGGUCCUCUCUCUGCUGGAGUAAACACGUGUUUUUGUAUUUUGAUUUAAUGUGCUGUAUGUUAAAAACACAUUUCCGUCCAUGUCGUCGUGGUCCAGGUAUGAAUCUCUAAAGCUAACCAGCACCGCGCCACUACUCCGUCCUCGUAUCACGACAUCUGAUCACGUCGGUAACUCACAGGCUGAGGUGGAGAACGUCCCUCAGACACGAGUCUUUGACAGAAGAACUUCUCGUCAGGCGCGUAAC